AUCAAUAAAAAAAGAAGUUCCCGCUUCUCGGUCAAAUUUUCUUCCCCAUUUCUCUCUUCUAUCAAAGCCUCCCUUCUUAACGACGACAGUUUCUAUUCAAAGUCCUUAAUCUUUUCUUACAUUUCACAUUUAUUACCCCCUUAACUAAUUUUCUCCUUAAAUUUUCCUUCUUUUUCUCUCUGUUCACCAAUUUUAUCGUUUCUACAGAUCUUUACAGGCGGCAGCCAAAUUUAGGAACUCACUGUGGUUGUUAAGCGUUCCCAUGAUAGUAGAAUCACGUCAUGGAAAAAGAAAUUGCUGUUACAGAAGCUGCAGUCAAUCAUUCCGCUGCUGAAAAAGAAACAAAUAAACCAAUUGUUAACAGUAAACCUAUUAUAAAUGAAGGUUCUAGCCAGAGGAAUUUAGGGAGUACACCAGCCAAACUGGAGGAAGCAAAUAAGGUGAAUGCUCGAAUAGGUGAACAGGAAAAGAAAAUCUCUGAAGAUAAUUCUAUUUUGCAUUCCAGUGCUGUGAAGAGUCAGGUUGAUACAAGUAAUGAACAGGAAAAGGAGAGUUCUUUAGGUGAAAGCACGUCAAGUUAUUCACUUGCUAAGAAAAACGAGAUUGAUAGACCCGCCUUCGAUCAAGUUCUCUCCCCAGGGGAACUGAAUGGACAGGAAAGUCCCAAACCAGAGAUGUCUAAUUUGAAUGAAAAGAAGGCUGAUUGUGUUAAAGGUGACCUGAAAAGCCUUCGGGAAUCUAACAAGAAUCUUGAUGAAGCUCUUUACGAGGAGGAAGCAGAACCUGUCUUUGAUGGAACAGAAGAACCUGGGAUGGGUGUUAAUAGAAGUUUAUCAGCCCGUUCUGUACAUCGUGACUUAGAGGCACAUGGAUCUGUUUGGCCUGAGAAAGCAGUGGCUCUUACAAACUUUGUUAGAUCGAAGAGUACAGUUGCCGUCAGUACGGUUCUACGUCGCCUUUCUGGUAAAAGCGAUGAUGGGAAAGAUGUUACUGAUGAAGAAGAUAAGAGUAAAUGCAACGAGAAUAACGCUGCUGCAUCACAAGAGCAUGAAAUGCAAGCUGUGUCUCAGAAAACUGCAGAGCGACCUGGGUGGAAUCCCCUCAGCUUAAUUGGGAUUUUACGUGAUGAUAAUGGAAACAGAACCAAAGAGAAGAAUGAGAUGUCACAAGAAGCAGUUUUACCAAUAGCUAUGAAGGGACGGAUUAUAUUGUAUACGGGGUUGGGAUGCCAGGAAAGUAGAGAGGUAAGACUUUUUCUACACAGGAAAAGACUCAGAUAUGUUGAGGUUAACAUUGAUGUGUAUCCUAGUAGAAAGAUGGAACUGGAGAAAAUUGCUGGUGAUUCUGCUGUUCCUCGAGUAUUCUUUAAUGAAGUUCUAAUAGGUGGAUGGAGUGAAUUAAAGAGCUUGGAUGAGUCUGGAAAGCUCAUGGAGAAGAUUGAAUAUGUUGUUGAUGAAGCACCAUCUUUUGAAGCUCCUCUACCACCUCUUUCCGGUGAAGAUGAUUUGUCUAGUAGUGGGUCCAUGGAUGAGCUAGCUAUUAUUGUUAAGAAAAUGAAACAGUAUAUUGUUGUAAAGGACCGGUUUUAUAAGCUGCGCAGAUUCACCAAUUGUUUCCUGGGAUCAGAAGCUGUGGAUUUCCUGUCCGAAGAUCAGUACUUGGAAAGAGAAGAGGCUGUUGAAUUUGGUAGGAAGCUCGCAAGCAAUCUUUUCUUCCAACAUGUACUUGAUGAAAAUGUGUUUGAAGAUGGCAACCAUUUGUAUCGUUUCCUCGAUGAUGAUCCCUUUGUAUCUCAAUGUCAGAACAUCCCAAGGGGUUUAACAGAAGUGAAGCCCAAACCCAUAAUAGAAAUUUCAUCUAGGUUGAGAUUUUUGUCUCAUGCAAUUUUUGAAGCUUAUGCAUCAGAAGAUGGGAGGCACAUUGAUUAUAGAAGCAUCCAUGGCAGCGAGGAAUUUGCAAGAUACUUGAGAAUAACUGAGGAGCUUCAAAGAGUGAACUUGAAAGACAUGCCUAGGGAGGAGAAGCUUGCCUUUUUUAUUAAUCUCUACAACAUGAUGGCCAUUCAUGCAAUAUUGGUUUGGGGGCAUCCCUCUGGACCAAUGGAGAGAAGAAAAUUGUUUGGGGAGUUCAAAUAUGUCAUUGGUGGGUGCACAUAUUCACUAUCAGCUAUCCAAAACGGAAUCUUAAGGAGCAAUCAGAGACCACCAUACAAUCUAAUCAAACCGUUUGGAGCAAAAGACAAGCGUCUUAAGGUAGUUCUUCCUUAUCCAGAGCCUCUUAUUCAUUUUGCUCUGGUUAGUGGUACGCGAUCUGGGCCUGCUCUUCGAUGCUAUUCACCUGGAAACAUAGAUAAAGAGCUCGUGGAGGCUGCCCAUGAUUUCUUAAGAUUUGGAGGACUAAUUGUUGAUCUUACAACCAAGGUUGCAUAUGUUAGUAAAAUCUUGAGAUGGUUUAGUGUUGAUUUUGGAAAGAAUGAGGUUGAAGUAUUGAAACACGCUGCAAAUUACUUGGAGUCAUCGGAAUCUCAAGCUUUACUAGAGUUGCUCGCCAGCAGUCAGUUGAAGGUGGUGUACCAGCCUUAUGACUGGGGACUGAAUCACUAGCGCUACAUUCUACCUUGUUCAGAGUUCCUGUCAACUACAUUUGCUGUUGCAAGAAAAUUUGACAUGAUCUCAUAUAUAAGAGAAUUUCAUGUUUCUUUGGUUCCAAUCCAACCUCUCUUUGGCUCUUGUAGCUGGAAUCUGAGGACUUGGGAAAAUUGCCUCAUAAAAAGCAAAAGUAAUUUAAAUAGACACAUCUUAUAUCUGUUGGUUCCCAAGCAAAAGUAAUUUAAAUAGACACAUCUUAUAUCUGUUGGUUCCCAA